CAAGCUGAAGUCAUACAAUACUUAAAAAAAAACAACAGGUUGAAACAGUUUAUCCUCACUUCGGGAAGUUGAAACUUUUUUUUUGGGACAGUGCUGGGACGAUAGGAAGAAAAGUUAAUUUCGAGGCCUGUGGAUGAGUCACAAAUUAUCAUAUUUACCCAAAAGCUAUGGGGAUACAUUUCCUGUGUACGAGUCUGAAUAAAGCACGUUACUGGAUAGAACAGCCGUCUUCGCGGGUGGUACCGAUUGUCGCGGGAUUUAAACGCGCAUCUUGUCACCAAACUUCCCACUAAAAAGCAGUCCAACAACAAACGCACGGGCUAGGGGACAGCAUGGCCUACAUGUGUUACACAAUCACUUCCUUGGCUUCGACUCGAUUUUCAGAAAGGUAGUUUUAACUUAUAGAAACCGCAUCUACCAUAUCUACAUUUGCUGGUUUUAAUUGUUUGACAAAAACGAAUCCGUCGGAAUCAUGAGGGAGAUAUGCUAUGGUAUCAUGCAAACUUUUCCUCAUUCAUGAUGCCUUCUAUUUCAAAUUUAUAAUACUGAAAAAAAUUGCAUGGCGAUUUUAAAGUAUUGCAACGUACGAUAAAGUAAACAUAGUAUUACUUUAAAGCUAUUGCUAAUAUUUACAGGAUAACAGUUCUAAGAAUUUAGAAUUCUUAUUGUAUUUAUUUUCUUAUGGAUGAUAACCAUAUGCUUGGACUAAUAUUCCAGUCAUUUAGAAUGGACAAUGCAUAUUUUUACGUUACAUUGGAGAAAGCGACUUCGAAUUGACUAUGAUUAAAAGUAAUCAAUAGAUUGAUCGUGUCUGUUUUCAGUCAUAAACCAUGUCAAGCCCGACUGACCAGCCAGAGGAAAUUUCUCUUCAUGAAACAGACAUCGGUGCCUUGGAUAAAAAUACAGGUCGUCGGGCGGAUUUUGCAUCAAAAAAGACAUCGACAUCCCGUAGCGGAGGAUGGAAAAUUGCAACAAUUGUUCUGAGUGUUCUGUUUUUUCUGCUCCUUGGCACGCUCAUUGCAAUCAUAGUUAUUUUCGUCAUCGGCCGUGCCGGCAAAGUUGGCAAUGGUGGAUCCAUGGACGUCCCCACUGACACCACUAAGACAGAGCCCACCGUGCCUGGUACGCCGGCAAUUACAUCAUCACUGCCGUCAACAACACCGUCGCCAUCAUACCCAUCUACAAUGCCUCCGACUGUACUACCAGGGCAGCCCGUGGCUCUGCGCAUUCCUGCAGGAGAGUUGGGAUUUUACUCCAUGGACCUGUCAGCCCGAUCAGAGGUGUCCAUGGAGCUGGACAUCCCGGGUGACGUGCCUGCCCAUGUCGCUGUGUACGGCUGUCAGGGCUGCAGGCCGACUCACGUCACUUACGAUGUCGUACAGACCUCAUCAGCAAGUAACGUUGAGCGGCAGAAACGGGCCACGACCACCAUUGACUUCCCAGGUCAUACGUUUGAAGGGAACUGGAUCUUUGCCGUCUAUAACGGAGCUGGUCAGGCAUUAAAAGGAACAAUCACUUUCGUCACUACAGAAGCUUCGUGUCCAAAUGAUUGCUUUAACAACGGAGUGUGUACUGACGGGACCUGCGCAUGCGAGGCAGGUUGGGCUGGAGAUGACUGUUCAGUAGAACUCUGUGAUCCUGCUGACUGUAACGGGAACGGGGUAUGUGUUUCUGGUUCCUGUAGAUGUUUUAACGGAUGGCAAGACAGCGGUUGUGACACAGCAUUUCGACCCUGUCCAGCGGAUUGUUCUGGACAAGGCACGUGUAACAAUGUAACAGGCCAGUGUGACUGUCGAACACCUUAUAAGGGAGUGGAUUGCUCACAAACUGACUGCAAUCCGAGAGACUGUAACAGCCGUGGUGUCUGUAUCAACGGGACUUGCUCCUGUGAGGCCGGCUGGAAAGGAGAAGCUUGUGAAGAAGGGGCCUGCAUUCCGCCUGACUGCAAUGAAAAUGGCGCCUGCACAGAAGGAACCUGUCGGUGUUUUCAUGGUUGGCAGGGCGCCGCUUGUGAUACACAGUAUCGCCGCUGUCCUUCUGACUGUUCAGGCAGUGGUGUUUGUAACAAUGUGACCGGCAUCUGUACCUGUGAGCGACUGAGCACAGGACUGGACUGUUCUGAAAAGCUGUGUGCAGACUGCUCACUAGAACAUGGAAGUUGUGAGGAUGGAGACUGUGUCUGUGAUGAGGGCUGGGGAGGACCUUCAUGUAGACAAUUACUCUGCAAUGAAGUAUGUGGAAUCCGUGGAACCUGUGUCAAUGGAACCUGCCAUUGUAACCGGGGUUGGAAGGGACCAGAGUGUUCUCAAGAUGCCUGUAAUGAAACAUGCAGCGACAAUGGAGAAUGUGUUCGAACAAACGGAGAAUGGGGAUGUUCAUGUGACAGAGGGUUCGUAGGAACAUACUGUGGAACAGUUUCUGAGACGAACUGUGCCGACAAUUUGGAUGAUGAUGGUGACCUGCUGGUUGAUUGUGAUGAUCCAGACUGUUGUAAUGACAUGUCGUGCGUGGACGAUCCUGCGUGCUUGUCUGCACCACCACUUGAGCAACUAGCAGCUGCUGAUACCAACAUUACACAAGCAGCAGGGAGAAGCUUUUAUGAUCAGGUUAAGUUCCUGUUCCAGAAUGGAAGUGUACAGAAAGAUGUUAGUCCGGACGCAGUGGACAAUGAGAGAGUUGCAGUUCUCCGUGGGCACGUGACAACACGAGAUGGCAGUGCACUCCCGGGUGUAACAGUGUCUCUUCUUGAUACUCCAGCGUUGGGCCACACACUAACAAGUACUGAUGGCGGAUAUGAAUUUGUUCUCAAUGGUGGGAACGUGGACACUUUGGUUUUUCGACGGCGGAACAUGAUCGGGACACAGCGCACCGUUCGACCGAGAAUCCAAUCAUACAACCAGGUUGACCCGGUGGCCAUGAUUCCUGUGGACACUAAGGUGACAGAAGUGGAUCUACAGUCAUCUGACAUCCAAGUCGUCGAAGGCACGGUGGUAGAAGACGAAGCUGGCAGCCGAAAACCCGUUCUGAUGUUUGAACCAGGAACGGGUGUCACAAUAACUGCCAAAAAUGGAACACAAAAUAAGGGAGGUUCAACUAUACAGAGGCCACGUGUGCGAGUUACAGAGUACACCGUGGGAGACAGUGGUGAAGAGGCAAUGCCUGCCCAGCUCCCAGCAUUUACCGGCUACACAUAUGCUGUAGAAAUGAGCCUAGAUGAAGCAUCCGUCAACGGUUCUACAGAUGUAAACUUUAACCAGAGUCUGCCAUUUUACGUCAACAACUUUCUUGGAUUUCCUGUUGGUUCGGCAGUUCCUACAGGUUACUACGACCGCAGUGGAGGACGCUGGAUAGCAUCAGAAAACGGUCGAGUUAUUCAACUUCUAGAUUCUUCUGAUCCGAGAAAGGCGAGUCUAGAUGUCCACGGGAAUGGGCAGGCAGCAAACGAAACCGAAAGACAUGAACUAGGCAUUACUGACAAUGAGCUUGAGAGACUGGCCAUGUUGUACAACCCCGGUGACACUCUAUGGAGGGUCCGGAUACCUCACUUUACACCAUGGGACUGCAACUGGCCGUACGGGCCUCCAGAUGAUGGUUUUGGCCCAGGAGACCGCCCCCCUCCCUCUUCACCACCAAACCCAUGUCCAGGUACCGGAGGAGGGGGGAGUUCAACAAGAGGUCGGAACCGGAAAAAGAGAGCAUCUGGGGACGACAAUAACAGAAGUAAUUUCCUCCUAAAUUCUGACUAUUGGCAGCAGUUCUUCCCAUAUAUACCCGCUGGAAUCGACCCUGGGGAGCAUGGCCCCUACCCUGCUGUAACUGCCAACAUUUACAGUGAAGAGGAAGACUUGGAAGGAGCUACCAUAUACGAUGGGGAACAAAGGAGAGAGAGGCUCACAUCGAGACCAGGUGAGGCCUCUGUUCCAAUACCAGGGACGGAUUUCCAGCUGAUGUACAGUCACACACGGCAUAGUGGUUUUAAACAGGUGACAAGGAUCCCUCUUAUUGGGGAUGAAGUACCGCCUAGCCUGAAAGCCAUCAGACUUGAGAUCACGGUUGCUGGCAAAACGACUACGAAGUCCCUCCCUCCAGAGCCCAAUCUCUACGAAGAUUUCAUCUGGGACGGGCUUGAUGCGUAUGGUAGAGAGGUGAAAGGCAGAGUCAACAUGAAAGUGAGGUUGGGAUACGAAUACGGACUGGUCUACUACUCAGUCCCGUCGGAAUUCACUCAGAGCUUCAACCGCUUCAGCUCAGCUGAUCAGACCAGCCGCGUGUCAAGAGCAGGGAGAACAGUGUCGUACUGGACGGAGAGAGAUAUCCCCCUCACGCGCAGCAUUCAGGCAUCUGAUUUGGCGGGCUGGUCACUGGACAUACAUCAUACAUAUGACGGACAAAACGGUAUCCUGCAUUUGGGAACUGGCGGGUCCAUUUCUGUGGUUGACCAGACAAAGGUUCUGGAGACAGCAGUCGGGAGUGACACAAGAGCUCCUAUCGACUGUUUGUCGUGUGGAGAAGGAGAUGGUGAGGAAACUCAGCUUCGCUCGCCAGUGGCGCUCACAACAGGUCCUGAUGGAAGUGUGUUCAUCGGAGAUUACAACUUCAUCCGAAGACUCUGGCCAAACGGUACUGUAACAACUGUGACGAGAUUACGAACAAGCCGCCCGCAGUAUGUCUACUACCUUGCUUCCAGUCUCAAAGAUAACGUCAUCUUUGUGUCCGACCCGGACGCAAGACAGGUUUUUAAGGUUGCAACUGAUGAAGAGCGACCGUCCCUGUCUGUGGUUGCCGGAACAGGAGAGAAGUGUCCACCUUGGGAAGACAGCUGUGGAGAUGGGGGACUAGCUAUGCAAGCAACGUUCAAUACACUUAAAGGAAUCGCAGUUGGUGAGGAAGACACCAUAUUCAUUGUGGACAAUCGUCGGAUUCGACAAAUCGGACCGGACGGGUACAUCGAACCGUACAUAGGAACAAACGAUCUGACGAAAUUUUCUCAUUCAAGCGGUUCUGAACUCAGAAAUACUCUGAUUGACCAGACGUCCCUAACAUGGCCUACUCACAUCGCAGUCACAAGGGGCGGGGACGAACUCUACAUUGUAGACCAAGAUGUGGUCAUUCGGCUGACAAGAGAUGGACGGACCAAAGUUAUUGUCGGUCAACAGGCUUUCCGGCCACCAGGAGCUGGACUAAAUGUAGAAGACACCAAUACAAAGGCCUUGAACAGCAAGUUAGUCAAUCCACAGGGAAUCGCCAUCUCUCAGGACGGGAACAUCUUCAUCGCGGAGACAGAUUUCGAUUCCCUCCAUCGUGUGCGCCUACUCGACCCUGACGGAGGGAUACGGCUCAUAGCCGGGCGACAGUCAGACUGUGACUGCCGGCAGAGUUCGUGCGACUGUUUUAAACAAGAUGGCAAACUAGCGGUUCAGAGUAAGCUGCAUACACCGACUGCGCUGGCGGUUACACCUGACGGGACCUUGUACAUUGCUGAUCAAGGUAACUACAGAAUUCGGAAAAUGAGAGCGCACAUUUCUGGAGGGUUGACAGACGGACAUUUUGUCAUCCCUGGAACAAACCCAAGUCAAGCGUACAUCUUUGACUUCACUGGCCAACACAUUCAAACUGUUGAUAUAACAAGAAACCAGCCUGUCUAUGAGUUUGGCUACAAGGACAAUCGACAGUUAACCAGCAUCCUCCUCCCAUCAACAAACAAGACCAUGUUGAUUGACCGCGACGACAACGGAACUCCACAUACCAUCAGAGCUCCAUACAGGCAGAAUCUGUAUCUAGAAAAGAAUAAUGAGGGAUUGCUGAGUGCAUUAGCGGACAACACCGGGCGACAAAUACAACUGACGUACCAAAAUGGCGGCCUGCUAACGGCUAUACAGUCUCCGUCUGGAUACAGGCGAAUGAUGGCUUACAACCCAACAGGAAGUGUCUUACGUCAGUUUGACAACCAAGGCGUCACCAAGUUCUAUGGCAAGAACUUUGGCAGACAGUCCACUGUGUUGAAAACUUCUACCAGAUUGGGCGAGGAAGAUUUGGAGGUGGACGAAAGUGUGCCAGGGAUCACCCGUACCACAGUUCGUGUAGGAGGGAGGAAAAUUAAAGAAACAAGGAGGAACUCUGCAGAUGGAACAACCAGUACAGUUAAUGCAGAUAGAUCAAGGGUAGUGGUGGAGAUGGCACCACACCCUGUAUGGGGAAACCAAGUGUCGCUGGUGUCUAGCAACAAUAUAGUUCUACCGACCGGGGAGUUAUUAACUACACAGUACGAAUAUUCUGCUAUACUGGAAGUUGAUAACAACCCUCUUACUAUGAAGAUGAACAAAACAGUAACCAAGGUAAACGGUAACGCAGUUUCUAGCGAGGAAUACCACAGGGAUAGUUUGACGAAAAGUUAUUUUCGGGAGCCUUCUCGGGAAUUGGUUCGACGUGAAACGUGGGAUGACUCGGGAAGACGUGUCCUGUUAGAGCAGCCUCAUAGAGGGAUGUACAAUACGACUUACUUUUACAACAAUAACAGCAAUCUGCUGACAAGACUGGAGAUUGGGGAGAAGUGGGUGGAAUACGAAUAUAACGACCUCGGGGAUAUCAUCGAGGAGAGGACAAGCUCUGGGAAAACAGUUUUCUAUGUGUGGAACCCCGAGGGAAAGCGCACACACAUGGUGACAAAUGCUGGGCGACUCUACGAAUUUGGAUACGGUUCCAGUGGUGGUUUAGUGAGUAUCACAAUGCCUAGUGGUGCAAAACAUACCCUAAAAACCCGCAUUCGCGCCAAUGCAAAGGACAUCGUGUACCUGACACCUAACUCUACACAGGGAACGGUGAUGGACACCUUCAACAUAGACAAUAAACUUGUGCAAAGGGUGAUGCCUGGAGAGGAGACCGUUUCAUACUGGUACGAUGCAAGCUCGCGCAAAACCAGUGAAGCAUUCGAUACCACAUUCAUAUGCUUUGUGCAUCAAGGUGACGACGACAAUGUUGACGAGAUUACACGUUAUGAGAACAGAAGGGUAAAAUCAACAUUACUGUAUGAGUACAAUGCUCACCUGAUGACCAGGAUGCUGGUAGUUUAUGAGGAUGAUCUUGACGCCCAGUUUUCGUUCUCAUACGGAGAUCGUCUUACGUUGAACAGGAUAGACGAGACUGUGUAUGGACGGAGAAAGGCCAUCGACAUAGAGUAUGAUGAAUACAACGAGCUACGCAAGGAAGGAAGCUUUCGAUAUUCAAAUCAAAACCCCUGGACAGAAGAAGUAACUGAUGGAACAUUGACAUGCACAUACAUCCAUGAUGGCUAUGGUCGGGCAGUUGAGCAUAGGUGUAAAAUUGCAAACAAAGAUGUCUUUAUUCUAAAAUCAUUAUACAACAACAGGUCCCUCAUAGCAGUGCAAAAUGUUGAUGUAGCAGGCAAUGUUACUGUCCUUUCAUACGAGUAUGACGAAGAUGAACAGUUGGUUUCAGUUAGGGAAAACGAUAUCCUAACGGAACUGUACAGCUAUGAUCUGAAUGGGAAUCGUGUAUGGUGGCUGGAUCAUUUGGAUACAAACCACACAGCUACAUAUGACGAUCAGGACAGGAUACAAACAUACGAUAGCAAGGCAUAUAAUUUCGAUGACGCAGGUUUCAUAACGGACUAUGACUUAGAACAUUUUGAGUACGAUUCUACAGGUCAGAUAACGUCGGCUGAGGAAGAGGACCGCUACAAAGUUCUGUACUCUUACGAUGGUUUGCACCGUCGUAUCGCCGUGGUUGAAUCCACAUCAGGGGAGGAAGAACGUUAUUUCUAUGGCGAUCCUUUCAAUCCGUUUAGAGUCACAGCUACAGUGCAAGACGACCAAGUAACCAAGUUAUACUAUAACAAACAGAAUCAUGUCAUUGCUAUGGAAACAAACGAUAUAAUGAGAUACGUCAUGACCGAUCAUCUCGGAAGUCCUAUAGCAAUAAUAGAUACAAGUGGCAACACCGUCAAACACGUCAAGCGUACGUCGUUUGGAAUCGUUCUGAAAGAGUCGGGCACAGAAAUACCUUUGUCUAUUGGCUUUGCGGGGGGUCUUCUUGAUCAGUAUUCCAGACUCACACAUUUUACAUACCGUGACUAUGACGCAGAGGUAGGACGGUGGACAGCAAGAGAUCCCAUACUUUUCGAAAGCUUGCAGCCAAACCUGUACCAGUACGUGUUUAACAACCCUGUGAACAUGAGAGAUAUCCAAGGAUUACAAGGGCAAGCUGAUCCCUGUGCGUCAUCGUCUGGCGGUCCAGGGUCUGGGUCAGGAGGCCCCGGGGAUGGUUCAGGAGGCCCCGGGGAUGGUUCAGGAGGCCCCGGGGAUGGUUCAGGAGGCCCCGGGGAUGGUUCAGGAGGACCAGGUGACGGUGACCCUGGAGGAGAUGGCAAGCAACCUGGGAAACUUCCUGGCUCAGAAGAAGGAAAUCCCUCACCUAAAGGGGAAGGUGACUACGGGGAUCUUACAAAAGUUGACGCCACGGGAACAUCAGAACAGACAGCCAAGCAGGACAAGUUGAAAAUUAAAGGAGAAGCUGCAUCACAGAAGAUGGCAAAGACAGACAAGAAGAAUGUUGAUAAGUACAAGGACAUCAUCAAGAAAGUGGCAAAAGAAAAGAAGAUCGACCCAGCCAUUAUAGCAGCUAUAAUCAGCCGGGAGACCCGCGGAGGCACUCUACUGGAUAACAAUGGGUGGGGAGAUAACGGCAAUGGGUUUGGACUUAUGCAGGUUGAUAAGAAUUCACACACACCGCAAGGAGGCUCUACGAGUAUUGAACAUAUCCGCCAGGGCACAGACAUCCUCAUCGAAAAUAUUAAGACAAUACAAAGGAAAUUCCCCAAAUGGACAAAAGAACAGCAGCUGAAAGCAGCAAUGGCGUCUGCUGUCAUUGUGCUGCUGUGCAUGACAGUAUGGUGCUGUGCUGGAGGCUCCACAGUCAGAUGGACCGCCCCUGCUGGAGGCAGCUGGUCACAACAAGACAACUGGGAAGGACAAAAGGUUCCUGCACCUGAUGAUGAUGUCGUCAUAGAACUAGAUGAAGUUGAGGAAGGGUACAGAAGUCUCGGUUGCUGGAGGGACAGUUCAAAUCGGGCCAUACCAAUACUGGAAGGGGAAGAUCCUCGCCUGGAUGGACAUUACCAAGCACGGGUCAAUGCCACUGAAAAGUGUUUCCAAGUCGCACGAUCUCGCGGCUUCAGCGUGUUUGCUGUCCAAAAUGGUGGUCAGUGUUUUGGGUCAGCAAAUGGCCAAAACACAUACACGAGAUAUGGAACAUCGUCAGCUUGCGGCCAGGAUGGAGAAGGAGGAUAUUAUGCAAAUGAAGUUUAUCAAAUCAAAGCUUUUCCAAUCACCGUAAGAGUUGACAGCGACACACAAAUCCGGAAUCUCCACACAUUCCCGAACAUAACCCUUGAAGUCGUCAAUUCGCUUACCGUAAACGGAAACAUGCAAGUGGAUGGGCAACUUACCUUGUUUACCAGCGAUUCAAACAAGGGAAUAGAAGUGGGAAACAUGGCGCGAGUAAAGGGAAGCUUUCACUGGAUGGCUGGAAAGUUCAGUAGUCGUGCACGAGGACAGCUCCAUGUAGAAGAGAGGAUGCAGCUAAACCCGGGCUGGGGAAACAGACACCUUGAUGCCCGAUUGUCAGGUACAGAACUGUACAUCCAUGGAGAGGCGUUGGUCGAAGGAAGUUCUUCCUCUGGCAGGCUGUACAUCUCAAAUGGGGCGAAGCUGAUAGUAACGGAAGGAGCUACUCUAAACAUGACUGGCAUCUUAUCCUUGCUGAAGGAAAAUACAGGCAGUAUCGUCAACAAUGGAUCCUUGAAUAUACACUCCACUGGCACUGUAUCAGUUGUACCGACCAUCUACAGCAUCGGGGAUGUCCAGGUGCUCAAAGGGGUUUUCUCUUGCACAGGGUCAAGUACAUGGCAAAACGUAAUCUGGGUUUUAUCAGAAGCCACGCUAAAGUUAUCGGGGGGUACUCACACGUUGCAGCAAUCAUCCACUCUGCUUGGUUCUGGCAAUCUGGACGUGGGGGCCCGAGUAACAGUUCUAAGCAAAGACGUACAGGUAAAAAAUAUUCGCGUCAGUGGUGGGACUUUGGACCUAUACACAGCUUCAAGUGAACUCACUGUCGCUAAGAUUGAAGUAGCAAGCAGAGGUGUGUUCAACAUCCAUAGUAGCGGAAACUCAUCCGAUUGGCUGCCGCUGCACGUUCCAGAGGUUAUUCUUCAAUCCAACAACUAUGAUUACGCGACAACUACAUUGAACUGUGAAAGAAAUCUACGGACUAAAAGGCUGCACAUGGCAUCGGGAAGAUACCAAACUGGACUCCUGUUCAAAGUGAUGGGUGACGUGGCAGUAGCUGAAAAUUGGAGUUGGAACGGAGGAACAAUUCAAAGCAGUGGCCCAGUGACUAUCAGCGGAUCACUCUUGAUUGAAGGUUCCACAGACGGAACUGCGAAAGUACCGGUGAUGUAUCUGAAUGGACCAGUGACGACCAGAGGUUCGCAAACAAUUAACAUCAACCACGGUGGAAAGAUAUUCAACUCUGCAGGCAACGUAGUCUCGAUCCGUGGAAGCCUCAACCUUCGGGGAAGCGGUUAUUUCCAAAACAAUGGUGAAGUCAAGGUCGAGCAAUCAUCGCCUGGUACAGCGUCCAUUGCCCUGUCCUCGUUUGAUAAUUUUGGACAAACUACAGUGUCGGGUACCCCUGGAUCUGGACUCAGCAUUAGCAUAAACCAUGGCCUGACAGGGACGUACCACGUGUCCGAGAACAAUGUUCUCACCAUUGUCGGCUCAUCCACCUAUGUAGGCAGCGUUCUGAAGGAUGCUGUACUGACUGGUGGAGGAUCGCUCCAAGUGAAUGGACCAGAGGUUGGUUUCAAGUCCAUCCAAGUCAGCGACGUAUCAGUCACAGCCGGAACAGUCUACAUCGGGUCCGAACAACGCCAAAGCAUCCCCAGUCUGAAGGUAACAAGAGGGCUCGUUGUGCUUGACGAGUCGUCGUCAGCAACAGAAAUAGAUGAUCUGGUUGUCACAGGGGGAGAGGUGACGUUCAACAGACCAACAACAGUACACGAUGUUGAAGUCAGAAGCGGGGUAUUGAGUGGUGACAGUGACAUUAAUGUAAACGGAACAUUUGUCUGGACCGGAGGGACAUUAGCAGGCAGACUUGGCAGCCGGAUGACCAUCAACGGGAACAUUCAAGUGGCACCCUCUGGAACCCUGUAUCUCAACCGUUACCUUGUCCUGAAAGGGAAGUCUGACUGGGUCACAACUAAUCUGAAUCUUGUCCUGACAAGGGUGUUUGAGAUUUCCUCAGGAGCGUCGUUAAGCAUCCAUGGCGGGGGCAUGGUCUUCACCAGCUCAUCAAGUGAUGAGAACGGUGCACUGCAGAACUACGGGCAUAUCAUCAUCGAUGCACCCUACCAGGACUUACGUAUCAACACACAGUUCCGGAACUACGCAUCCAUCCAGAUACAGCAUGGCAACCUCUUCUUCCAGAGGUCCUCGGUAAUGGCUGAUGCUAUGAUAAACUCAGCAGACAAGAGUAAGAUCGUGAUAUCGGAUGGGAACCAUGAGAUCGUCACUGAUGGAACCCCUGGCAUACAAGAGUGGCAAUCGACAUUGGAGGUAACUAAUGGAAACAUGUGGAGCAAGAACAUCGUUUGGUCUACAAUAAACCUGAGAAGGGGAAAUGUUCACCUGGACCUUUCUGGUAGUUCGGCAUCGAUGGAUUCCAUCAGUGUGACAGGCGGAUCCCUCCAAAUCACCAGCACCACUCCCAGCAGUGACACACCGACACUGACCGUUCACAACUCGGUAACAGUCACCAACGGGCAACUGAAACUUCUGGGAGUUAACUGCAAUGUGAAACAUCUGACGAUUUCCCACCAGAAUGCAAGGAUCGAGAUUGAAAGAAAUCUAGAGAUUAAAGACACGUUCCUCUGGGAUGCUGGAACACUGGCUGGCACUGCGUUUGCAGAUUGUGAAAUCUCACGUACAUCUGUACCUGGAACCCUGACUGUAACUGGAAAUGGUGUGCGAUAUUUGAGGACACAAUCUAUGUCCAUUCAAGGCAAUGGCCAAUGGUUUGGGCAAGGUCAGCUGAGACUGGACAGCGCUGCCGAACUGCUAAUAGCAGAAGGUGCAAGUUUUGAGCACCAAGGGGGAGGCACAUAUACUUCACAGGACAACCUUGCUCGAGUAGUGAACAAGGGGACCUAUAAAUUGUUCUCCCACAGUGAUGUCAACAUGGAUGUCAAAUUUCAGAACACUGGUCAGCUAUAUGUACCAGACACGGCAACCCUAUCAUUUAGGGCUGAUGCUCAAUUAAGAGGACAGCUUCAAGCUGAUAAAGGAUCUGAACUUCAUCUCUUGGGAGGCUCGCAUCUUAUCAUCGAUGAAGCCUCAACCUUCCGGGGUAAGCUAUCAUCGAUGAGCACGUCAGUGGUAUUCUACUCAAACGGAUCGUUAGAAGACAUUCAAGUAGGUGCAGGACAGACUACGCUGAAGACUCAACUUUUGUCGAUGAAUGUUUCCAAACUGUCUGUUAAUGGAGGUCAUUUAACAGUAGAACCAUUUCGUCCCUCAAACAGUCCAACAGAACUGUUUGUAGAAAAUGCAGAUAUUGUAUCUGGGGCAUUGGAAUUAAACGUACAAACUGAGGUCAGAUACCUGUCACAAACAGGAGGGUCCGUACGGGGAAGUUUUGAUAUCAUUGCUGAAGAGUUUGAAUGGUCGAGUGGAAAUGUCAUUGGAGACCUAGGUAUUAAAUUGUCAGUUAAACACCUGAAAUGCUUGGGUACAGGAACAAAGACACUACAACAGCGCUCACUGACAUUACAACAAUCCGGAACAUUUGUUGGGGAUGCAGCUGGAGUCAUAGACAUAAACGGACAUGGCAACUUUGUUAUUGCCAAGGAAGCAAAUUUAAUGAUUACGGCAGGAGUCACCAUACAUUCAGACCUGGGCAUGUUUGAAAACAAAGGAGUGUUAAUAAAUGCUCUUCAGAGCAAUGGGAAGGUGCUUACAGUCAAUGGUCACUUUCGAAAUACAGGAAUAGUGAAGUGCCUUGAUGACACAUUGAUGAAAGUAUCAGGAACAGGCAAGUGGGAGGGUGCUCUGACAACCGGAUCGAAUGCUACUGUAGAAAUUGCCGAAGGACAUCAUUUGUUCUUGUCAAGUUUUGAGGUCAACGGUACAGGAAAGCUGGUGGUUAGCAGUGGAUCUGUCACCAUGCACGCAUGCAGCGUGUCGGCAGCUGUGAUGCAGAUAUCUGCACCGGUCUACAUCCACGGAGAGAACCGCUGCUUCAUCCAGUCCCUUCUUGUCACAGAGAAUGGUGUCUUUAUUACCAACAGCCCUUCGUCCGUGGGGCAAGUCCAGCAGAAUGGAGGUGUUGUUCGUGCCCUUUCUUCUCUAACAGUCGCCGAGUACGAUCUUGUUAGAGGGACCCUUCAAAGUCACAAUGUAACAGAGGUUGACCAACUGCAGUGGUCCUCUGGUACGAUAACUGGAGGGAAACUGUACGCUGGUACUUUAAUGUUAACACAAGGGACAGAGAAAAUUGCCUCACAAGUCACGGUUGUUGUCUUAAAGAGUUGUGUGUGGGCGGAAGAAUUUGAUCAGACGCUGGGUCUUCGUGGAAAUUCAGCGUUGAUCAUUUCACAGCGAGCAUCGAUGGAUGUAAACGGCAUCGCGGCACUCUCUAGUGAGACCAGCGACAGCUACCGAGGUAGGCUUGAAAACCAUGGACAAAUCAACGUUAAACAAGCAUUCACAUCUUCAGCAGAGUUUAUCAACUUUGGAAACUUAAGUGUAUCCGAAGGGACAAUGUUGGUCACCAAGAAAAGUGAAAAUAGGGGCUACAUCAAAAUCGGGCGAAAUUCUGAAGUCAAACUGAGGGAUCAUUUCUCUUACCCAUCAUCAGUCAUUGAAGGGGAUGGCAAGCUGACACUGACUCAAGGUACAAUUCGGCUAUCAACUGAUACUUUAAAACAGAAUACCAUCCAUGUAACCGGGGCUAUUGUCUCUAUUGUGUUGACUUCUGGACAUGCCUUUUCGCCAAAGGAGGUGAGGAUUACAGGUGGACAAGUUGACUUUCUUGGCAACAAGGAUAAUAACUUUGAACUGGAGUCACUGGCAAUAGCUGGAGGCACAGUGAAGAUACAUAGGCCCUGCAACAUUUCAAAGCUAGCAAUGACGGGCGGUUCUCUCAGUAUCAUGGCUCCCACUGACCUCGCAGAGUUUGACUUCUUUGCCGGACAAUUGGUUGGAGUGUCAGAUCUAGGUUCUUUGACUGUUAACAUGCUUAUGCUGCACAAUUACAAGAACAAAGAUGGCACUGGGAAGAUCUUGCAGGCAAUUGUGAUGGAAAUCCGUCAGCAAUUCCGUUGGUUGGCUCCCAUCAAUGAGGAUACCGUAGGGAUGCAAGACGGGAGUGUGAUCCGCCUGCUGUCUGACUGUGAAACCACGUUACAAGGACAGCUGGAAUUUCAGGGAAAUUCUGAAACGAUUCAGAAUAAUGGGGAUUUCGUGGUGUAUGGUUCUGAGGAGAACCUUCCCCACAGAACAACAUCAAUUCGUAUUGGCCCCCACUUCAACAACGCUGGAACAGUUUGGGUACAAGAGUCAACUAUGGUAUCCUUUCAGUCUACAGCUCACAUCUCUGGAAGCAUGGUGGCUUACAGAAAUGCAAAUGUCGAGUUUGUCAAUCACUACAGUACGGCAUCGCAGAACAUAACAGGAGGUCGUCUCACUGUCCGAAAUUCCAACCUCUGGAUUAUGUCAAACAAUUUCACAACAAUAAACAUUAACUCAGGCGGACAUGUCAACUUUGUCAGCACUGCAGAUCCGGUUCAUGAUAGCUUUGUUGAAGAGGUCAGUCUAAUUAGAGGGUCCGUCAAUUUUAAUUCAGAUGUAUCUAUUGGUGUUUUUGAGGUAACAGGUGGGACGGUCAAAUCAACAUCACCUAAUGGUGUUAUUCGGUCACAACAGUUGACGUUUCAUGAGGACACCGAAUCAUCCACCAUUGAAGACUGCAACGUUUCAGGAAGAGGGAUACAUUUCAUUGGCUCAAAUGUGGCUUUGAUGACAAGUUCUCUACACAUUCAGCACAGUGGGGUCGCUCGCAAUUCUGUUCAACUAGACAUGCUCAAUUCAUCGGUACUGGUAGAAGAGGGUGCUACCUUAGCAAUAAAGCACAAGAUGGCGGUAAGAAAAACAGGAGUAGAAGAGUCAUCAAUCUUGGACGUUACAGGCACAGUUCAUGUUGAGGGUCCUCAAUUUGUGAGCUCUGCAGUCGUUGUUCUCCAAACCACAGGAAAAUUCACGGUAACAAAAGACUCAAGUGAACUUGAUAUCCACAUAACUGGCAGAAGUUCUGGUACGUUCAACAUUAACUGUACAGAUCCUACAAUCACCAUCAGAGGACCAGGUGAUCUUGUCCUGGAUAAAGGAUCAUUCAUUGGCCCAAAUGCAAUGAUCAACGUGCAUGGCGGUCAUGCUGUGAUAACGACAGGAAUUGAACACCAACUACUAGAGGGCAGUGGGCUUAAAAUCACGCUACAAGGCACUGGAUCUAUGACGUUAAAUAGUUCUCAAUUCAGUGAGACCUCAAACCCAUUCACAGUCAAUGAAGUAAUGCUUAAGUCACUGUCCAGCAACUUAUAUCUGUCAGAAGCAAUACCGAAAGUGCAGAAGAUGAUUAUUGCUGGCGGCCAAGUCCAUGGUAAUGCUGAGUUUGACACAGUUAUACUUCAGUCCAACAUUCGCCUUACUGACUGCAGCUUUGACAUAGAUCACCUCAUCAUCCGUGGAGGUAACAACGAUGACAAAGAAAUACAGGCUAGCAAAAUCAGCAUUCUUAGGUCACUCCGAGUAGAAACUGAUGCAACAAUAACUUUGUCUCAGGCUUCUGUCCUUCGAUUGGCAUCAUCGGCCACUUUUACAAUGGAGAACGCAUUGGAGAUUACAGCAUCGGAUGUAGGCAGUGAAGCGUCUUGGUUUUUAAAUGAAGGAAGAAUCGCUGUAUCACUUGGAGCUGGCAGGAUACUUAGCAUUGGGGCCAAGUUCAACCAUAGCGGAGAACUUUUAAUCGAAGAUGGUCACUUAACAAUGAGCAACGACAGCUUCAUUCAAGGAAGUCAACAAGUUGGUACUAGCAGCAGGUUGACUCUAUCUGCAGGCGUUCAUCGGAUAGAAAGAGGUUCUUCUUGUCUUGUGCAAGGAAAACUGCUGGUGGAAAGCGCAGCUUUUGUGGAAAUAGAUUCUGACGACAUGAGUAUAGAGAGUGUAACAUCACAUGGAUCUGUUACUCUACGAGGUGAAACAUGUAUCUCUGGUUUGGAGUUGUCAGAGGGUAACUUUGAAGUGGGUGGAAACGCCGGAUUUGGAGCAUUAGACAUGAAGACAGGAACUCUGUCUGUUAAGGGCGACAUGACAGUGAACGGUCCAGUCAAGUGGCAGUCUGGGACGAUCCAUUUGUCAGCAGGGUCCUCUCUCACGGUCAACGGAGAUUUCAUCCAGGCUAUCUCCGAUGGUGAGCUGGAAAAUCAAGGAGGAACAUUUACUAUAUCUCCAGAAUUGGCAUGCAGCAACUUCGGAACAACAGAGGCAUGCAGCAGCCAGCAGAACUGUACAUGGUGUGUGGCCUCGGACAUGUGUGUACAGCACGAGCAAUGUCCCUCAGCUGCUGCGUUCUGGACCAACUCCGCAGGAGGCGAAUGGCACGCUGCAUCCAACUGGUUCAACGAUACAAUCCCAGGGGAGGGCAGCGAUGCUUUCCUAACCAGCCUCUCUGAAGACUACGAGGUAAGAAUCACGAAUGCAAUCAGCCUGCAAGCGUUAGAAAUUGGCAGCCAGUGCGACCAUACGUUCAGUCAAGGUUGCGACACAAUGCAGACACUCACUGUGCAGAGGGAUUUGCAAGUGGACCGUUUACUCGUUCGCAGAAAUGCACGGCUAAUUCUAGGAGGUGGCAAUCUGGUCAUUGGAAGUAGUUUAACUGUGGAGGGAAGGAUGGACUGGAGACAGGGUACCAUUCGUGGUGACGGAAGGAUAAACAUAAUGGGAGAGUUAACCAUACAUCAAGACUGUUAUUACUGCCAUAAGAGCCUUCAAGUCCCAUUGGAAAGCUACGGGAGGAUCACCCUGCAAACCACUAGUAACUCCCUCACAAUGAGCCCUCAAGUUAACAUCACAAAUGCCGGCGAAAUCAUUAUCAAAAACAAUGGAGUAAUCAAUGGCGGCACCAUCUAUAAUGAAGGGCUCAUCUAUUCGACCACACCCACUGCAAACAUCAAUUCAAACAUGGUGCAAAGUGGCCACCUUGUCUUACAACAGUCCAGACUGCAACUAGGUGGAGAUGCAGAAUUUUCUGGACCAAACAAUUUUGACCAGGACAGUGAGCUGGUGUUGAAAUCAGGUACCCAUGUGUUUUCUUUUGGAAGUACGGUACCAUCAUCCCUUACACUGGAAGGAGGGACAACAACUAUCAAUACCACAGGCAACACGAUCCGAAGUCUCCACCUCAAGAACAGUGCAACCGUUCGAUCUGACAAGGAACUUCAAGUAGAAAACAUUUACCUUGAAAGGGGCACUCUGCUGGGCAAUGGGGAUUACCAGAUCAAUACUUUUAGAUGGAGGGAAGGAAACAUCGAGGGCAUGAAGAGUAUUUUAGUUACCAAGGAGAUGUCGUUUCUCGAUGACAGGUAUUAUUACUACCAGAGGAAGACAAUGGCAGAAUCAACAAUUUCGCUGCAGGGCCGUGCUUUAGUCCAAGGAAGCCAAGCUACGCUGACUAUGAGCAGAAAUGCAAGUUUUGAGGUGAUUUCUUCAGGAGAAAUCCAUGUGCCUCUCAGUACAACCCUAUCUUUACGGUGUUCAGAUGGAACAUGUAGAACAACGAACAAUGGGUAUUUGGAUGUCAUUGGCAACUUGGUGAUAUCUACAGACCUCGCAAGUAGAGGAAGUGUAGCAGUGGAUGGUCGGGUUGACUUGUCAGGAAAUUCAGAAUUUGAAAGUGGCAAAAUCUGGGUCGGCAGUUCUGGGACAUUUCAUUUGGCUGGCAAUCAGAAGGAUGUCAGCAUAGGUGCAUUGGUGGGAGUAGACAUAUAUGGAACUCUGUCAGUAUCAGUCGGGGUCGUCGUCGUAUCUUCACAGAAAAUAGCAUACAUAAAGAACAUACACUGUAGUGGUGGCCACGUACGAUUCACAAACACAACAAACCUGAAAACUAUUGGAACUGUCUAUGUGAGAAAUAGUCAGAUUACACUACAGACUGGCGAUGCAACAGGGCUAAACGUUGGGAAAAUUGAGGGAAGGUACAGUGGAAACGUAAUUUUGGCAUCACCAACCACUGUUUCGGUCAUUGUGCUGCAAGAAAACUCUAGUCCUGGAGCAACUAUACGUCUCGAUUCACCAAAACAUGUCUACAAGGUUUUAGAUUCUGUGACUUUGAAUGACGGUCAACAUCAAAUCGUAGGAACAGUUGACGAUGGAGGAACUAAACCCACCUUGUAUAUUGAAGGUCAGAUGAACUUGCAGCAUUACUAUCGACACUUCUACUUUCAAAAUGUGGAUGUGUCUAUUAGUGGGACUCUUUCUCACACUUGUCGAGACAAUCGUAACUACGGCGUCUACUUGGUCGAUGGCAGCAUUCUUACAGUUGAAGAAUCCGGUCUAGCGGAAGUAGGUGGCUGUAACUGGCUACAUUCUGGAUCACUUCCAACGUCCUUUACCAACAAUGGCGUGCUAAAAUUCCAUGACGACCCAACAUCGAUCCACACUACGUUUGUCCAGAAUGGUACAAUGUACACAACAACCAAUACAAACCUUCAUCUGUAUGGCCAAAGCAUCCUUCAAGGGAACGUUACCAUUGGUAAAAAUGCUGCUGUGAACUUUAGGGGUGGUUCACAGCAUCACAUUCUCAGCGACGCUAUGCAUGAAGACUCAUCCACUCUCAACCUCCUAGAUGACAACACCGUCUUAAACGUGUCCACCAACGACCUGCGGUUAUCUAAAGUCAAAGUCGACUCCCAAGGAGGACGUCUGCUGUUGUUCAGCAGGAGUGAUGCUGGAAGUGUAAACCUCUUAGAGUUGAGAAGAGGAAGCAUUCAGAUCGGCUUCAGCCAACUGACAACUGAUGAGAUCUUUCUGACUACAGGAGAGAUAUCCGGAUAUGAUGCACUAGUGUGGACACGCAAAAUUACCCUGCACGACACUUAUCGAGACAGCUUUGUGCGUGUAGCAAACCUCACCAUAACAGAAAAGCUGCUCAUUUCAAAAAAUUAUCCGAGUUACAAUCGCCAAGUAACAAUCGACAGCUUCGUCACAAUACUUCAUUCGGCCACGCUGGUGGCAGUUACACGUUUCACCAUAUACGGAGAAGGGGAGAUCCGUAACGAGGGGACAUUUCUCAUUGACAGUACAGAUGACCAGUGGCUAGACAUUAGGGUACGAUUUGUUAACUAUGGGCACCUUCAAGUAACGAACAGACUUGUAUUAAGCAAUGGUGGAAGCAGUCAUGGAAAAAUUUACAUGAUGCCAACUGCAAAGUUGUACUUCAGGUCAAGUAAAAUAUACAACCUGACAAACGCAGGGGAAAUAGUUGGUUCUGGAACUAUAUAUGUGGACAGCGAUGACCCAGUGGUAUACCUUGGUGGCAAAGAUGAUUCUAUGGAAAAUCCUGGCAAAGAUAUAGGGUUGGUGGUAACCAGAGGCAAGUGCUACGUGGACUUCACACAGGCUCGAAAACUUGUACAACGAAUGUCAAUAUCUGGCGGAUCAAUUGACAUCACAGCAAGUACGAGCGAUCCACCAUAUAUUACGGAAGUGAACUUUCUCGCAGACUGGAACUACAAUGUAUUAUUUACUUGUAACAUCGGAACAAGUGUGUCCAUUGGGAAACUGACGCUCAGACAGUAUCGUACUACUGGUCACUUUGGACACGGAUGUGGAGUUGUAGCUUCUAACAUGAUCUGGUAUUCAGGAAUCAUUAACAUACCAGCCUACUUCCACGUGAUUGGCCACUUAGAUAUAAAACAAGACAGGGGUUACAAAAGGAUAAUCGCCACUAACAUGACAAUAACAGCAACAGCAGUGGCCGACGCCGACUCCACAAUUUUGAUGUCAGAUGGGUCUAAGAUCGACAUUAACGGGUCGUUUUCCACGUACAGUAAUUUGCGUUUUCAGAAGGAAGGAAGCGGAACUCCCCGGUUAGUAAUAGGUGGCCAGCUACGACUGCUACAGAGAGACAAGACAAUGACUGUGACGCCGGGAAUUUCAGUUAUCAAUAAUGGGAACAUUGAAGUUUUACAUGGUACACUGUCAAUACCGUCCACUGAGUGUAACAGCGGUACAUUUGUUGUGGCUAAAGAUGCGUUGAUACAUUUCAACAGUGGACUGACACAGUUAGGAAGUGACUGUAACAUCGACAUUUCUGGUGUAAGCAUCGCAGGCAAUAGUCGACUUGAGAUACUUGAAAAUGGGAACAUUUGGCAGCACAUUACCAUUACGAGUGGAACUCUUGCUCUUAACCCGAACAGUAACAUAACAGUUGAGACCUUAAAUUUGAAUGGUAAUGUCCAGAUUUCCGGCCAGUUUAGGGUCAGAAAGUUUAACUUAAACCACCAGGGCAACAUGGAAGUGACUGGACUGGUUAUCAUCACAGAGGAGAUGGUGUGGAGUGGAGGAAGUCUGAUGUCAAACCAGGUACAAGUAGAUGGGAAUCUUUACCUGACUUCUUCCUCUACCAAAUAUUUGCGCUCCGGGACGAUAGUCGCAACAGGAACCGUUACUUUAACAAAUCCGCAGACAUUGGUCAUGCAAGGGGAUGCCAGGUUUGAAUUACAGGGUUCAAUGGCAGUACAUGAGAGUCUACGAUUUUCAGGCACAAGUCAGAAUUCUUUCCUGAAUGCUGGACUCAUUAACGUCCAGGCUGGAUUAAAUCAAUAUGGACUGGUUGUAGAUGUGAACUUCGACAGCCCGGGAGUAGUUGUAGUAGAGAGCGGGAAGAUGAAAGUUGGUGACAAUAACAGAGAUAUAAUGUCGAAUGUUCAUGGCAAUCUAACGAUCAAAGAGCAAGCAAUCUUAGAGAUGGGCUAUGGAGAAUUCACGUUUACAAACCGAUCAAUCCUCAACGUAGGUGGGACUAUAUCCAUUGCCUCAGCCCAAGUUAAAGUCUACAGUGCGGACAGAAGCGUAAGAAUCAGCAACAUAAAAAUGACAAGUUCUGGAACAUUGGAGACAACAGCGAAGGACGUAUCCAUACACACUGCAGAAAUCUGUUCUGGGACACUGUGGAUUCACAGGAGCGCAAAGAUAGAAACCUUACAGAUAUGCGGGGGGCGCCUUAGACCCGGAAAGUCUGUAAAUGUUACAGAGUUAUUGAUAACUUCAGGAGAUGUAUUCAGUAGUAGCGCGCGGCCAAAAAUCGUCGCAAGGCGCAUGGGAUGGGGUGCCGGCAGAGUCUGGGCAAACGACGGGACUACCGCCAUGACAAUACAGGUAGAUGAGCGCCUACAUGUCUUUGGAACGAGCAGUAAGUAUGAAGAGUAUGACACCGUUAUCCGCGUCAACGGACAGUUUACAAUGAUUUCGGGAGGGAAUUUGUACAUGUCCCGUGGAGCUAUAAUACAACUAAAUACAGACAGUACUGCGUCAAUGCACCACGGUUACAUGAGAACACAGUAUAACCCACCCGGUCGGCUCACAAACAUGGGGGAUCUAACCAUCGGAGAGUACUCAAAAGCUACAACCGUUGAACUCGCCGUCCAGUUUCAAAUGCUUGGAAAGUUAUCAAUCAAACAUGGCCGAAUUCGCAUAGCUUCUGGCGGUCGACUUUCUGGCAGCACCGAGCUUUUCAACGAUGGAAGAUUCGAAGUGACAGGUGGGACACUGACCGCAACAGGUGCAAGCAUAUCUGGACCAGGAGAUUUGUACGUUUCUGGGGGUAUCCUCUCUCUAGAUGGAGGCGAAGUGCACUCCCCUAUAUCCAUUACAAGUGGAACGCUCCAGGUCCCCACGGAUAACCGUGUCACCACUCGUGGAGCAGUUAGGAUACAUGGAGGGACUCUAACUGUAGACGGUUACCUCGAGUGUCUCCAAGAUGUACGUUACAUUUCAGGGUCCUUGUCAGGAACUGGUAUUGUCAGGCUUGGCAACCAGUCUAAGAUACUAGUCAUGUCGACACAGUCUUCGGAUAGGCGCACCACAUCCGUUCGUAGUCUUCAGAUAUUUGGGCUGUUAGAGGUCAGCUCUUCUCUUGAGGUUAGAAGUCCCGGGGUGGUAAGAAACGAGGAAGAAGGACGGAUUCAAAUGACAAGAAGUGGGGCAAUCACUGGAACUGGACGGGUCGAGAAUUAUGGAAGACUUAGCGCAGGGAACAUGCAUCCUGAUAUAGCUGCCAGAAUUUCUUCAAAAUUCGAAAACUUCUGGGUUGUUGAGCCGGAAAAUUCCAGCUUGAUACUCGAAUCCUCCACAGCUACUCACAAGAUAUCAUCAAGAGUGUUGGGAGGAGUGGCCACGUGGAGAAAUGGAGUGACAUUAGGCGGAGUCACUGAGGGUAGUGUCGUUAUACAAGGGAAUUGUCACGUCGGGCAAGCAACAGUAUUCAAUGGCAACAUCACAUGGGAGUCAGGGACCAUCUCUCUCCAAGAAGACCAGUGUUCUACAAGAUGGUAUGAUUCAUCUAAAAUCAUGAGAUCAGACUGCUCUGAGAAAUAUGUGCUAAACACCGGGGACAUCAUACUAGAGACUUCAUCAGAUAAGACUUUAUCUGCUGGUGUAGAUCUUGUCAACAAGGGAAACAUCAAAUGGUUUUCGGGAAAGAUGAUAGUUGGUGGAAAUGUGAAAAAUCUCGCUGGUGGAAAGUUUGAAAUUACAGACGAGUCCAAUACAGAUCAUCAUAUCUGGCAGAAUAGUGGAAAUACUCUUGACAACAAUGGCGUUCUUCUAGUAAUAAACACACGCUGUCUUUUCCAAGAUAGGUACGGGAAUAGACGAGGGUCACUUCACAACAAAGGGAGUUUGUCUCUUCGCGAAGAAUCCUUCUUACAAAUUGACACUUUGACAAGUGGCGGUGAUGGUGCCUAUUUUGAAAUGUCAAUGGAAUCUACAGUCACUGCUGCACAAAUCAUCGUCGAAAGCGGUACAGCAUACCUCCAGGGUCAGAUAAAUAGUAGAGUACAUGUCAGUGGUGGAAAGCUCAAUGUAGGUGGGCCUAACACAAUUGGAUCACUGUCUAUUGAAGGUAGUCUCUUCAUGUCAAAUACAAGUGUCCUGGAAGUUGAUCUGCUUAGUCCACUACCUUCUGUUGUGUCAGACACUUUGACCAUUUCCUCUGAUAUUGAGCUGCAUGGUAAACUUGCUGUUACCUGGAGCUCUGAUGUUCCUGCCCCAAACAAUAUGGACUCUUUCCCUAUCAUAGCAUACGGAGGGAGCUGUCGAAUAGAUGGCCUCGUAACGGUCGCCCUCGAUGAUAACGUCAACUUUAACACGACAUGUGGAGAGUCCUUUCUGACUGUAACAGUCAUCCGCUAAUAAAGUUCAGCAACAAGACUAAGAGACAACGAGAAAGGUUUUGACAAGAUCCAAGCUCUAGAGCCACCUAAAAUAUUUCUAGUACAGGAAUCAAAUUUUGGGUUCUUUUUUAAUAUUUUGUUUAGAUUUUGCGUAAUAUAUUUACUUUCCUGAUAACAUGUAGAGACUAUCAUAUACUGUAAGCUCUAGACAAAUUUGCGUACCAGUGUUGUUUUCCGUAUUAAGGGAUGUAUUUAGCAAAGUAAUGUGUAUGUACCAUAAACUAGGGUGUAAUGUUUUCUUACUUCGUUGUAAUUACUCAACUUUAUUACAAUUAUUCAGCAUAGAAUAGACAUGUGAUUACACUUGUUAUUUGCCAGUUCACCUAAUAGGGCACGAUACUUAGCAUCGAAUAUUUACAUAAUUGUACUCGAUGUAUGAUGAUGAUAUAAAAUCUCAUAUCGACGGAAAAAUAUUCAUACAUGUAUAUUAAAACUUUUUUGUCAUUUUUUUGUUUGUUUUUGAAAGCCUCUCGGAGUCGGAGAUGACUAUACGAGAAUAAAACUUUAUGUUAUCACCAUUUUAUUUGUUCAUUUCUCUUUUUGUUCAACAUUCCCAUAUUCGCUCAAAGACGAAACAGAAACCAUUAUUAAUAGUUACAUUUGUUAUAAAUAUCGUUCAAUUCAUCCUUUUCUAAUCCCAUGCCUUGUAAGCUUCCCCAAACGACUUAACAGAAACUGUAUCGAUUGACAGAUCUCACCAUGAUUCUGAAUAGCAAAG